GUCCAGGUGUUAUAUUUCCUGACUCCCUUAUAUCUUCGCCUCUACACCUUUCUCCCUCUCUAUUCACAACCCGAAUUCCCUUACUUCCGGGUCCCAAUACCCGAAUUUGAUUUAGAUUUGAUGCUGUGAAAUCAAAUUAUUAAAAUAACGGCAAUGGAGAGGGAAAAACCAGUGGAUUUCACUAAUAUGGGAAGGAGCUCUGAAAGUGUGAACGAUGAUUCGUCUGCUUUUAGUGAUUGUAAUAGCGACAGAUCGGGAGAGUUUCCAACGGCGUCUUCCGAAAGCCGGAGACUGUUAAUGACGUGCGUUUCGGAGAAUUCAGAUGAUCUGAUUCGGCAGCUGGUUGCGGAUCUUGAGUCCUGUUCGAUUGACGAGCAAAAGCAAGCCGCCAUGGAAAUUAGACUAUUGGCUAAGGAUAAGUCAGAGAAUCGUAUAAAAAUCGCAAAAGCAGGUGCGAUUAGGCCUCUAAUUUCACUAAUCUCAUCUUCUGAUUUUCAGCUUCAAGAGUACGGAGUUACAGCCAUAUUGAAUCUGUCUUUAUGUGACGAAAACAAAGAAUUGAUAGCAUUGUCAGGAGCGAUAAAGCCACUUGUUAGAGCUCUAAAAACAGGUACAUCAACAGCUAAAGAAAACGCCGCUUGUGCUCUACUUCGUUUAUCUCAAAUCGAAGAGAACAAAAUUGCAAUCGGAAGAUCGGGAGCGAUUCCACAUCUAGUUAAUCUUCUCGAAAACGGAGGUUUUCGCGGGAAAAAAGACGCAUUAACAGCUUUAUAUUCUCUCUGCUCGGUUAAGGAAAACAAAAUCAAAGCCGUUCAAGCGGGGAUCAUGAAACCGCUGGUGGAGUUAAUGGCUGAUUUCGCGUCAAACAUGGUUGACAAGUCAGCAUGCGUUAUGAGCUUGUUAGUAUCCUCAAAUGAAGCGAAAGCGUCGGUGGUUGAGGAAGGUGGAAUUCCGGUUUUGGUUGAGAUCAUAGAGGUUGGGUCACAGAGGCAGAAGGAGAUCGCGGUGGCAAUAUUAUUACAGCUUUGUGAAGAAAGUGUAGUGUACCGUACUAUGGUGGGCCGCGAGGGAGCGAUUCCCCCCUUGGUCGCUCUGUCUCAGUCCGGCACAAAUCGCGCCAAGCAAAAGGUGGAGACACUGAUAGAGCUUCUACGGCAACCGAGAUCCGGCAACGUCGCUGCAAGAACGUCGGAUUUGUCAGUGUAAAGUGCGCCUCACCGUAUGCUUCAUGUAAUCGAGAACAUUCGAACGGUUAAAUAGUUUUUUGAAACUAUGUAAAAUUGUACAUAUCUUGUGUAGCGGAGCUUGUAAAAUUUGUGAUUAUGGUAUGAGUUUGGUUUGCUUUUUGAAACUAGAAAAUAAUAAUUUUUGUGGUGAUUCAA